AUCAUUCCUCACCCUUUGUUCCCCUGGUAUUGAAUGGCAAUAUGCCAUAAUAAGUAGGACGCGUAAGUAGAUACGUCUGAAAAGGCUGCUAAAGAAGUAGGUAAUCUUCCUAAAUUGGAGCCCUUCUGAAGAGCGACAAAUCGGUAUUAAUCAGUACUACUGUACUUAAAACACUAUAUAAACAUAGCUUCUACCCCCAACAUUUUAAUCAUUCGCCUCAACAAUUACAACUACACACAGUAAUAGCAGAAGCAACCAAGAGUGUUCACUCUUCUGAAAAUGUCCACCAAAAUUUACAUCGUUUACUAUUCAAUGUACGGACAUGUUGAAAAGCUAGCAGAGGAGAUACUAAAAGGAGCUGCAUCUGUUGAAGGAGUUGAAGCAAAACUCUGGCAGGUUCCCGAAACAUUGCAUGAUGAUGUGCUUGCAAAGAUGAGUGCACCCCCGAAGACUGAUGUCCCAAUCAUCACACCUAAUGAGCUUGCUGAGGCAGAUGGGUUUCUUUUUGGCUUCCCCACUAGAUUUGGCAUGAUGGCUGCUCAAUUUAAAGCAUUUAUGGAUGCUACUGGGGGACUCUGGAGAACACAACAACUUGCAGGCAAACCUGCAGGCAUCUUUUACAGUACAGGAUCGCAAGGUGGUGGGCAAGAGACUACCCCCUUGACAGCCAUCACCCAACUCACCCACCAUGGAAUGAUCUUUGUGCCCAUCGGCUACACCUUUGGAGCUGGCAUGUUUGAGAUGGAGAAAAUCAAAGGAGGAUCGCCUUAUGGAGCAGGGACUUUUGCUGGUGACGGUUCAAGACAACCUUCUGAGCUUGAACUAGAGCAAGCUUUCCACCAGGGAAAAUACUUUGCCACCAUUGCAAAGAAGCUUAAAGCUGCUGCUUGAAAGAUUCAUUUCGUCUAUAAAGGAUCUUAUUAAUACUCGAUUACUCUCAUAUUGUUUUGUGACAUGUAUGUUCUCUGUUAAAUCCCCUUGGUGCUUGCAUUAUCAAAUACGUUUGCUUCUGGAGUGUUGAUUUGUUUCAUUGUGUUCUUAUAUAUAUACAUAUAUAGUGAAAUCUGAAUUCAGUAAGCUAUAUACUAAGAAGGGUUUCCUUAUAA